CACCAAAGACAGCACAAGACUUCCACCACGAAUUAGCUCGGUGCAGUUCACUGCAAUGGCUACUUUCGCCGCCAUGGUUGCCAUCGCCGUCCUCGCCGUUGCAACGGUUGCCGAUGCAGCUUCGACGCCGGCGGCCGCAACGACGACCAAGAGUCCACCGGUGAUCUACAUUUUCGGGGACUCCAUGUCCGACGUCGGGAACAACAACUACCUCCUGCUCUCCCUCGCCAAGUGCAACUACCCCUGGUACGGCAUCGACUACAAGACCGGCUACCCCACCGGGAGGUUCACCAAUGGCCGCACCAUCGGAGACAUCAUGGCUGCCAAGUUUGGCUCCCCGCCCCCGGUGCCCUUCCUCUCCCUGUACAUGACCGACGACGAGGUCCUCGGCGGCGUCAACUUCGCGUCCGGCGGCGCCGGGCUCCUCAACGAGACCGGCAUUUACUUUGUAAGCUACAGAUACGAUGCUAGUUUGCUUAUUCUGUCGCUGAAAAUUCUAACCUUGCUAAACUGUAAGCAUAACCACGCCCCUGCAAACAUUCAGGUCCAGUACCUGUCGUUCGACAACCAGAUAUCGUCCUUCGAGCAGAUCAAGAACGCGAUGAUCGCCAAGAUCGGCAAGAAGGCCGCCGAGGAGACUGUCAAUGGCGCAAUCUUCCAGAUCGGGCACGGGAGCAACGACUACGUCAACAACUUUCUGCGGCCGUUCAUGGCGGACGGCAUCAUGUACACCCACGACGAGUUCAUCGGCCUCCUCGUGGAGACUAUGGACCGGCAGCUCACGAGGCUGUACGAUCUCGGCGCGCGCCACAUCUGGUUCAGCGGGCUGGCGCCGCUGGGCUGCAUCCCGUCGCUGCGCGUGCUGUCGGACGACGGCGAGUGCCAGGACGACGUCAACGCGUACGCCCUCCAGUUCAACGCCGCGGCCAAGAAGCUGCUGGAGGGGCUGAACGCCAGGCUGCCCGGCGCGCGCAUGUCCCUCUCCGACUGCUACUCCAUCGUCAUGGAGCUCAUCGACCACCCCCAGAAAUACGGGUUCAAGACGUCGCACACGUCGUGCUGCGCCGUGGACACGACGGUGGGGGGCCUGUGCCUGCCGACGGCGCAGCUCUGCGCCGACCGCAAGGACUUCGUGUUCUGGGACGCAUACCACACCUCCGACGCCGCCAACCAGAUCAUCGCCGACCGCCUCUUCGCCGACAUGGUGGGCGCCGGCGCCGUGGUGCCCGGCAACGGCACGUCCCCGCCCCGCGUCGUCGCCGCGCCGGCGCCCACCCGCGUCGCCGCCGCGCCGCCGCGCAAGCCUUGAUUGCGCCCUUUUUGUGUGGCAACUCCGGUUCCUGUCCCGUUAGUCGGCGCUGUUCUCCAAAAGAAAAAAAGGUGCAUGAAGCACCUGUGUGUGUUGGAUGAGUUUUUACUAUUAUACGUAGUACUAGAAGAGAGCAAGGUGAAAUCGUAGUAUCGCCAUUGUAAAACAUUUUUUUUCUUUGGCAAAAGCACGAAACGAUGUCCCAAAUCUUCAAAUCCAAA